AUGUCUCCUUCAGGACACCGGGAGAACCAGCCCAUCUCGGGCAGCACAGUGAGGAAUGAUGAAGACGUCGACAUGCUCAACAACCGGGUGGAAGACGCUGCGGCUCACCAGGAUGACAGUUCGACCGGCGGUGAGCACUGCCGUGACUCAAGCAGUGAUGCACUUACUGACGUCCCGAAAGCAACCACCUCCGAGACCAUCUCCACGAGCUUCGUACAGCCACGCACGCUCAUCAGAACCAUCGGCAAACUGGAAUCUCUCGGAAUCGAUAAGACACUGCCAUCCUUGCCGAAGGUCGUCGUUGUUGGCGAUCAGAGCCACGGCAAGAGUUCGGUUAUCGAAGCGAUCUGCGACAUUUCUCUCCCACGCAAUUCCGGGACCUGCACUCGCGUUCCUUUCGAGCUCAGGACCUCUACCUCAAACACCGAAUGGUCAUGCAAAGUGUCUCUUGUGUACAAAUACACCCACUCACGCUCGACUAAUGAUGUGUCUUGGAAGAAGCUCGACACCCCAAACAUCGUACCGUUCACUUCCGUGCAGAGUAAAGUCUCUCUGGAGCAAGUGCUGCGUCUCGCACAGGUAGCCAUCCUCAGCCCGGACAGAGACGCUGCUGCCAUUCUGCAAGCCAACAAUCCCGCCCAAGCUACCACUCUCAAGUUCUCAUGCAACGUGGUUCGCCUGGAGAUCGCUUCGUCAAAGCUGCCAGAGCUGGCUUUGUACGAUCUGCCAGGCGCCAUCUCCGUCACGGAGAAGCCUGAGGACCAGUACCUCGUUCGUUUCGUCGACAGGUUGCUUUCAAUCUACGUAAGCGCAUCCAAGUCGAUUGUACUGCUUGCGGCCGCCGCCAAUGUCGACGUCAACACUUCGAAGACUUUCGGCAUCAUCAGAGACCAGGAAGCGGUCAACCGAUGCAUGGGUGUGAUCACCAAGCCUGACUUGAUCGAUCGCGGCAAAGAUACGAUGACACGCGUGCGCAAUAUGCUGGAAGGGAAGACAGACUGGACGCUCGAGCAUGGGUGGUACAUUACGAAGCAGCCUACGCAGGAAGAGCUUGAUGAUGGCGACGUCACCCGCGAAAAGACGAAGGAGUCCGAGGAGGCUCUAUUCCAUCUGCCUAUGUGGUCAGACAUUGUGAACGCCUGCCCGAGCCGCUUGGGCAUCCAAAAUUUGCAGAACGCCUUGUCGCAGAAGCUGACCGCCCACAUUUUGGCUGAUCUGCCAGAGAUCAAUGCUCGCGUGCAGGGAAAGCUUAACGAGGUUGAAGCCGAGCUUGCUGGUUUCCCAGAGCAGGCGGUGGCACCAUCCAUGGAAGUUCACCACGAGGCUGACAAGGUCGCGAAGUGCAUCGAGACCAAUCUCAAAGGAAGUGCUAUGUGCAACGACUUCCGCGAUGAAUACAAAUCUAUCAUCGAGGAGCUCGAGAAGAAGUUCAACGAGGCACGCCCGCAACUGACGAUGGCAACACCAGGCUUCAAGGCGCCUCCGAUCUGCAUCGGUUCUGACGACUCUGAUGAGGAGAUGUCGGGCACACCUACACCAAGGCAUGCGAAGUCGCGGAAGCGCAAUGACGGCCGCGGGACUCCGAUGCCCAUGCGCCCUAGUCAGACGCCGUCAGCUCGCAAGGCUGCCAGACCUGAAACCAACGGUAUUGCGAGCAGAACUGCGAACACAGCGGCAAACGCAGCGGCCAACGCAGAUACGAAUGCACCAGCGGUGUUCGAUCUCGCGCAAGUCCGCCAGGCGUACGCAUCCGGAAACAACGCUGGCAUUCCAGGUGGCAUCUCCACGGAAGUUACGGAGGUCCUCUGUCUGAAGUGCUUAGAAGGGACCGCCAGCAUCGUGGACGGCAGCCUUCGUCGGAUCCAGAAGCACAUGGUCGACAGCUUGGCCUCAUUCGUCCACACCACCUUGUCCUCGCACGAGGGCACCAAGCUCUUCGGCGAAGCUGAAGGCAUAGUCGAGGAGCUGCUGGUAGAGGUGUUUGAAGCCGAGACUGCAUCAAUCCACAACGACGUCGCUCGCGAACUCUACGCUCCCACGGUAACGGAUAAGGAAGGCUUCGAAGUGAAGAAGGAGGCCAAACUCGCCGAGCUUCAGCAAGCCAGGACUUUACGCCGUGUGCGCGAGUUCUUCGAUGUUGAGGACUCGAAGCGCGUGAAGCAAACGUCUCCCGAAGAGCGUGAGAGGAAGGCGGAAGAUAAGAAGUGGGUCGAAGCGAACUUACCUAAGGACCCGCAUCACGAGAUGAUCAAGGCGAUGGUCACUCCGAUGGCUUACUACGACAUCGCCUGCGCACGCAUCACGGACAAUCUUCGGAUGAAGCUUGAGUAUGGGCUGAUGCGUCCGCUGCAGCAGGAUCUCCGCGCGAAGCUGCUCGAAGGACUUCGUGUCACGGAUGCAGCGUAUUGUGCUGAUCUGCUUGCUGAGGAUCCGCGCCGUGAACAGAGGCGUCGGGAUCUGUUGGUGGAGAAGGGGAAGUUGGUGCAGGCUCUGGAGGAGCUCGACAACUGUCGCACCACUGCUGAGGUCUGA